UUCAAACGGAUUUGCUUUUCGAAACAAAGGAUUUAGUACUGUGACCAAAAAAAAAAAAGAAAAAAAAAAACUUGAAUCUUGGUCAUUUCUAUUGAUGGCCAAUGGAUUUCAACCCAAAUUCAUAAUUCAAGGCUUAGCUUCUAGCCAAAAUUUAUGAAUUAUGGUUUGAAUGUUUGGUCUUAAUUUUAGAUGUAAUCUCAUUUAAAGGCAUAUUUAGAUGGACUCCCUAAAUACUUAAAAUAGUGAUGUAGGUUAAAAAAAAGAAGAAGAAGUAUUUUUAAGAUUUUACAAAGGUCAGUCUAGACCCCUAAUUUACAAUGGCAUUGGUAAGUAGCAGUGAUACUCUAUUUUAAUACUCACAAUUAUCAUACUUUGACAUAUUAUUUUUUUAUGUUUUUGUUUGUUUGUUUGUUCUUCCUUAACUUGUAGUUGAUUUUCUGAACUUGGAUUUAGCUUUUUGGUCUUCUUGUAUCAGGAAAUAACGACAAUACUGGUAGAACUAAAACUAUUGUAAUCAUCACAGUGACGGUCGUUUCUGUUGCCAUUCUGCUUGUUGCCAUUUUUAUCAUUUUGAUAUUGAGGAAGCAAAAUCACAAGAGACCAUCAGACAAUUUUGAAGAUAUAUCUUAUGAAGACACCGAAAAUGAAAUUAGCAGUAUGGAGAUGAUUCAAUUUGAUUUUGAUAGCAUUAAAGCCGCAACAGAUGACUUCGCAAUUGAAAACAAGCUUGGACAAGGUGGAUUUGGAGUUGUUUAUAAGGGUCAGUUACCUAAUGGACAACUUAUAGCUGUGAAGAGGCUUGCGAAUAAUUCACAACAAGGAGAUGUUGAAUUCAAAAAUGAAGUCCUAUUGAUGCUAAAGCUUCAACAUCGAAACUUGGUUAGGCUAAUGGGAUUCUGUUCGCAACAAACCGAAAGAAUUCUCAUAUAUGAGUUUGUAGAAAAUGGCAGUCUUGACCACUUUUUAUUUGAUUUUGAAAAGCGAAGACUCUUAGAUUGGGAAACACGUUACAAAAUCAUAAAUGGCAUUGCACGAGGGCUUCUUUACCUUCAUGAAGAUUCUCGACUUCGAAUCGUACAUCGUGAUCUUAAAGCUAGCAACAUUUUAUUAGAUAUAGAUAUGAAUUCAAAGAUUUCAGAUUUUGGUAUGGCAAGAUUGUUCGAAGUAGACCAGACUCGAGGCAAUACAAGUAGAAUCGUAGGAACUUAUGGCUAUAUGGCUCCCGAAUAUGUAAUACAUGGACUUUUUUCGGUAAAAUCAGAUGUCUUUAGCUUUGGUGUUUUGGUCCUCGAAACUGUAAGUGGUAGAAAAAACAGUAAUUUUUGCAGUGGAGAAACCUCGGAAGAUCUCUCAAGCUUCGCAUGGACAAAUUGGAGAGCAGGAACAAUUUCGAAUGUCAUAGAUUCAACACUUACCUCUGGUUUAAGAUUUGAGAUGAUACGAUGCAUUCACAUUGGACUAUUGUGUGUACAAGAAAAUAUAGCAAAUCGACCCACAAUGACUUCAGUAGUUAUGAUGCUAAGUAGUGCUUCUCUCACUCUUCCUAUACCCUCUAAACCAGCAUUUUUUAUGCAUACUACUACAAAUAGAUAUGACACAACGUUGAGAUCAGAUGAAUCUAAUAGUGAAAGCGUGUCUGAUCAAUAUUCGAGAAAUAAUAUUUCAAUCACAGAAAUUCAUCCUCGUUAGAUUGUCAACAUCUAUGGUUGUAAAGUAUUUGUUAUUUGAACGGUUGUUUUUUCUAUUUUUAUGUAAAUAAAAUUUAAGCAUUAAAUGAGUUGUUAUUUGAAUGUA